CUAAGCCUAGGCAAGUGCGUAUAUACAAUGUUUGUCCGCUUCGGGGCACCGUAGUGGCUUUCACCCUGGCCGGGAGGACUGGAUUGGGCCAGGCGGCUUGAACUCCGAUCAGUUUAGGAGAUCCUGAUGGCUGCUGUGUUUCUAGUAACGCUCUAUGAGUACUCGCCGCUUUUCUACAUCGCGGUGGUCUUUACCUGCUUCAUCGUCACCACCGGCCUGGUAUUGGGAUGGUUUGGCUGGGAUGUUCCAGUAAUUCUCAGAAACUCGGAAGAGACCCAGUUCAACUCAAGAGUUUUCAAAAAGCAAAUGAGACAAGUCAAGAAUCCUUUUGGCUUAGAAAUCAUUAAUCCAUCCUCAGCUUCAAUUGCAACUGGUAUAACUUUGACAACAGAUUGUCUUGAAGAUAGCCUUCUUACAUGCUACUGGGGGUGCAGUGUUCAAAAAUUAUAUGAAGCUCUGCAGAAGCCCUUCCAUUGUUUCCGAAUAAGCACUCCUCGAGCACUGGAAGAUGCUCUGUACAGUGAAUAUUUCUAUCAAGAACAGUAUUUUAUUAAAAAAGAGAGCAAAGAAGAAAUAUAUUGCCAGUUACCAAGAGAUAUUAAAACUGAAGACUUUGGUACAGUGCCCAGAUCCCGCUAUCCGUUGGUAGUGCUGUUGACUCUAGCUGAUGAGGAUGACCGAGAAAUUUAUGAUAUUAUUUCCAUGGUGUCAGUAAUUCAUAUUCCUGACAAGACUUAUAAACUUUCCUGUAGAAUAUUAUAUCAGUAUUUGCUCCUGGCUCAAGGGCAAUUUCAUGAUCUUAAGCUUUUCAUGUCUGCAAAUAAUAACUCCACUCCCUCCAGCACUUCCUGUGCAGAAGAAAAAAGCACAGACCAAAGUUUAUUAGAAAAGGCUGGACUUUCUGAGGGUGAAGUGGAGCCUCCUGAGGAGAACAGCAAGGACUGUGUCGUUUGCCAGAAUGGCACUGUGAACUGGGUGCUCUUACCAUGUAGGCACACCUGCUUGUGUGACGGCUGCAUUAAGUAUUUUCAGCAGUGCCCAAUGUGCAGGCAGUUUGUUCAGGAAUCUUUUUCACUUUGCAGUCAAAAGGAGCAAGAUAAAGACAAGCUGAAAACUCAUUGAGAGUGUUGUUACAGCUGAAAAACACACUUUCCACUGAAGAUGCAAAAAUUUGUGUUCUUGGAAUUAAUCCUAAUGUGGAAUCUACAGUGUUGACCAUCAAUGGAAAGAUUCUAUUUCAACUUCAUAUUUGUAGGGUACAUGGAUGAUGAAAAUUAACCAUUCCUUCCUGCUUGAUAUAGUGAAUACUGAAAUACCAUCUGUGUUAAUACAUAAAAAUUUAUUCAAUUCUUGAGAAGGAUAUAAAUGUUUGGCCUUUUGUCAGCUAGAGGAUUUCAGAGAAUGUUGAUUAGGAAAAUCCUGAAAAGCAAUCUCCUUAAAAUUUGAGGAGAUAAAAGUCUUAAGAUUUCUAAAUGUUUUUCCUUUGGCAUAAUCUGGAAUGCAAUUGGAAAAAAAUGGAAUUCUUCUUAAAGUAAUUGUAGGAUUCCCAGUUUACAAAGGAAUUGGAAAGGGCUUCUAACUUUAAAUCCUUUCCUGAAAUAUGAGUUUUGAUAAAUAUCCAUCUAUUUGGUUUCUGAUUUUCCUUAUAAUCAUAGUCACAUAAACACAAGUAAUUUUUAAAUGUAGCUUCCAAAAUUUUAAAUGCAAGAUACAACUCUUGACCGUUGUCAGUAUAUCGUAGAUUAAAAUGAUACACAUCCAUAGGCAGCAGAUAUGUAAACCUUGGAUAAUAACAUUUCUUGGAUAAUUAAAUUUAUUGCCAAAUAUAAUUAGAUUAGAUUAAAUAUGAUCUAUCAGAGGAGAUCUGUGAGACUCUUAAUGUCUGACCUUAGAUUUCCUCAUGCACAGUGAAUCCAUCCAACACUGGAGAGGUUUUGGAGCCAGAAAAACCACUAAAUGAAAUAACUAUUUUUUUCUAGUGUGUUUUUAUUCCAAAUAAACUCCUCACCCUUCUGAAUAGUAAA